UACUUCCGACAGAGCCGUCGCCGCACCGCCACGUUUGCGCCACCUACCGCCCAGGAGGGUGAGUGUCAUGGCGGCUGUGUACCCUCUCCCGGUGACCCAGGACCUGCCGAUGCUGCGUACCAAGUUACAGAGUCUGUCGCGGUUUCUGAAGGACGCCCUGACCAUUUCCAACGCACAUACAGUGGACUUUUACACGGAGUGCGUGUGGAAGAGGCUGGUGGACUUGUCUCCGGAGACGGUGCUGGCCGCGUUGAAGCCGGCGGCGGAGGCGGAGGCGGAGGCCGGGUUUUCUGAGGCGCGCCCCCUGGUGGAAGCGGAGAAGGGAUCAGGUACUGACUUUCCCAAAAUAUUUUGUGAAACUUCUCAGAGGCUAGUGAAUGUGGAAGCCUUUGCUCUGGCUGCAAAACGCUGUUCUGUACAAAACUUGGGAAUCUGUACUCCUUUAGAACAGCUGCUUAUAGCUCUUCGAGGAAAUAAAAAACAGAGAACUGAUAACAAUCUGAAGCCACAUGAGUUUAUGAAUGUGAAAAAAUCUCAUGAAGUUCAGGCAAUGUCAGAGCUAAUCUCCAGUAUUGCUGAUUACUAUGGAGUAAAACAAGUAAUCGACUUGGGUUCUGGUAAAGGCUACCUAAGCUCCUUCUUGUCCCUGAAGUAUGGCUUACAUGUUUAUGGAAUUGAUUCCUCAAAUAGCAAUACUCAUGGAGCUAAGGAGAGGAACAGGAAACUGAAGAAACGUUGGAAACUCCACCGUACCCAAUCAAGAGUAGAUGUCAGUGGGUUGGCAUUAAAAAUGGCAAAAGAAAAAAAAGUACAAAACGAAAUGAAAUAUAAAGCAGAUACUGAGACAUUGUAUAGCAACAGUUCUGCAAAACAAGAAAAAAUCUCUACCUCAGGUUUUUUGCAAGAUUUUUCAGGCCCUGUAAUUUCUGACAUCAGAAUACAAAUAGAAAACCUACAUACUCAACCAUAUGAAGAAGAAAAUGUGUGUUUUAUGAAUGCCUUUUCUCUCAUAGACUUUUUGCCUAUUGAUGCCAUAGAGCCUAUUUCUUCAUUGCAGAUACCCAACAGAGAAAUGUCUGAAGCAAAUAAAGAGAGAAGAAAAAUGGUAUCACAGUCAAGUGAAUCAAAUAUAUAUUCACCAUUAACCUCUUUUAUCACUGCUGAUUCAGAACUACAUGACAUUAUUAAAGAUCUGGAGGAUUGUGUAAUGGUGGGUCUACAUACUUGCGGUGAUCUUGCACCAAAUACCCUGAGAAUAUUUACUUCCAAUUCUGAAAUCAAGGGAGUGUGCAGUGUGGGUUGCUGCUACCACCUCUUGUCUGAAGAGUUCGAAAACGAGCACAAAGAAUGUACUGAAGAAAAAUGGGGAUUUCCAAUGUGCCAGUAUUUAAAAGAAGAGAGAUGGUGCUGUGGUCAUAAUGCCAGAAUGUCAGCGUGUUUGGCAUUGGAGCGGGUUGCAGUAGGCCAAGGGCUGUCUACUGAAUCACUGUUCUAUCGUGCAGUUCUUCAAGAUAUUAUUAAAGAUUGUUAUGGCAUCACCAAAUGAUGACUUUAAUGCAUCAUAGAAACAGCUAAGGAAAUAGUAAACUGAAAGGUAUGUAAGAAGAAAAUAUUUGGAAUGAAACAUCACCAAGCAGAAAGAGAAAGUAUAAAAGAAGACUUGUUGCAGAGUGUGACCAUGGAGGUUCACAAGAUCAAAGAGUCCCAGAGGACCUGCUUCACCAAAACUCAGAAGCCUGAGAAAGUCUCAGGAAAACAACUCUUAGCCAAGAUAUUCAUGGCAUUUUGUUUAUAAUCCAAGGCUGUGAGAACAGGGAUACAGAAGAAAAACAUUGAUAUGUGAGUUUCGGUCAGGUCACUGGGAAGAAAGAAGAUAAUGUGCUACAUGGCACCUGUCGACUUAAUUUAAGUGAGCUUAUUGGGGAAAGACAAACAAAAUGACUGAAGCAAACCAGACAUUUCAGAGAAUAACUUGUUGAUACCAGAGCUUAUUUUUGAGCUACAGGUUUUUAGAUAAUCCAAAUUUUGUCAUCACAACUAAGUGGAAAGCAGGGAAACAAGAACAUUUAAUCUGUGUUUGUUGAUCAUUGGAAAAAAGAGGAAUAGUUAUUAAAAAGUAGUAGGAGAAUAAGUUCUUACACAGUGUAUAUAUUUCUUCCUUAAGAGAAGGAAACCAAACAAAAUAAAACAGAAUAAAGCCAACCAAAACAAAAUAGUGAAAGCAAUACAAGACUUCAAAACAUGAUAAUAGGAAAUCAAUAAUGGCUACCAUAAGACCUCUUGUUAUCUUCAAAAUAGCUGCCCAUGCUGUUAGACCUAAUAAAAUCAAAUAAAAUAACAGACUAAAAUCAAUUAAAACAAAACAAUGAAAAUGUUUCAAAACAAGAUAAUGGGAAAUCAACUAUGGCUACCAUAAUAUAUCUUCUUAUCUUCAAAAUAACUGCCCAUGCCAUCAAAUAUAAUAAAAGCAAACCAAACAAAACAAUUAGGCCAAUCAAAAUAAAACAAAAAUGAUACAGGACUAUAAAACAAAAUAAUAGGGAAUUAACAAAAGCUACCACUUUCCACUUUUAGACAUUUCCUCCGCUUUCACUUUUAUAACAUCUGUUGUACAUUUUGGGUCCCACUAACUUCUUCAGUGUUUUAUACUAGGGAGACAACAUGAUAUUCACCCGUGUGAUUCUGAACCAUUUCGUCCAAGACCAUGAUCUCAAGUUGCAUAUGUUUACCAGAGGCCUCAUGAUUAUCAUUCUUUAUAGUUGUGUAGCUUUCCGUUGUAUUAAAAAUGCCAUAUCUUUCUCAGCCAUUUUGUGGUUGAUAGGCAAGCUAGCCCUGCUUUUCCUGGAUCCCUGUCACAUGGAGCAUUGUUUUUACUGCUUUGACUUUCAGUCUAUGAAUUUCCUUUCGAGUUAAUGUAUUCCUUGUGUACUGAAUAUUGCUGGAUCUUAUUUCUUGAUCUACUUUGCCUUUUUCUUUUUAUGGAUGAAUUGAGGUUAUCUACGUUAAUGAUUAUGGUCAACAUGCACUAGUUCAUCUCUGCCAUGCUUUUUUCCUGCUGUUGGCUCCCUGCCUUUCCCUUUCAUUCAGUUGUCUGCCCCACUCAGUGAUCCCAUGUUGCUGCUAUUCCUGGGAUGAUGGUCAUUUUUAUUUCUCUCUAGAACAUCCUUCAGUAUUCUUUGUAUGGUUGGUUUGGUGGUCAUAAAUUCUUUCAUCUGUUUUUUUGUCAUGGAAGUAUCUUAUUUCUCCAUCAAUUUUGAAAGAUAGUCUUGCAAGGUACAUUGGUCUUUUGUUGGAAGUUGUUUUCUUUCAGGACUUGAAAUACUUCACUAUAAGCUCUUUUUAACUUGAUGAUUUGUGUUGAGAAGUCUAUCCUGAUUUUGAUGGGUUUUCCUUUAUAGAUGAUCUGCUUCUUUUCUCCAACAGCCUUUAAUUCUGUUCUUGUGCUGAAUUUCUGGGAUUUUGAUUAUUAUAUGUCUGGGUAUAGAUUUAUUUUGGUUAUGAAUAGUUAGAGUGCUUCACUUAUCUGUAUGUCAGGUCUUUUUCCCAUGCUCUGAAAGUUCUUAGUUAUUACGUCUAUAAAUAGUCUCUAUAUAAUUUAUGUUGACUUCUAUCAUUAUUAAAUUAUUUUUCUUUGCAUCAUCUUGCAGCCAUUGAAUUAUUUCCUGGUUUCUAAUUAUUUUUAUGGGAUCUUUCCUUUCAUGAUUGGUAGCUGCCAUCUUGUCUUCAAGGUAUGAAAAUCUAUCUUCAUUCUUUCAAGUGGUUUUGCCAGCUUUCAGUGGAGUUUUUAGUUUCCUGGAUAUCUCUCUGAGUCUGUUUCAUGCAUUUCAAUUCUCCUUUAUAUUAUUCAGUCAAGGUUUCCCUCAUUCUUCUGUGCUGCUUGUUUUUUAAUGUAUGACUGCUUUAGGUACACUCAGCAACCUUUUUAUUAUGAUUACCUGAGAUGAUAUUAUUUCUGAUCUGAUUUCUUUUACAGCCUCAUGAAAUAGUUUCUUUACUUCAGUUGCCAUCGUCCCAGAAAUUUCAAGUAUGCUUCUUCCAGUUUAUUCCACAUCCAUGUCUCCUGGACUUGUUCUGUUUGGGCUGGAGGCCAGAGUUGGCCUUUUGUUCCUUCAUCUUGACAUUUUCUUGAGUUUCUCCAGACAGGCAGGUUGUGGGGUCCCAGGUACUUCCCACAUUGAUUACCCACUAUAGUGUAGGAGGAAGGGUCAGGCACCUAGAUUUCUCCUAACCCAGGUUCCCCAGGAGGCAUGAAGUACAGAGUGGACGUGUCGAGACAUUCACAGAUUCUCCAAGGUAUGGCUGGCUGGUUCUCUUGGCUCGCACUGGCUACCUGUGGCAAAGUCCCAGCAGCAGCCUGUGUGCAUGCAGGGGCUGGGCUGGCUCUAUAUCAGUUUGUUGUACUGCUUAAACAAAUCACCACAAACUCAGUAGCUUAAAGCAAUAUAAGUUUAUUAAUUAGAGUGCUGCAGGUCAGCAUUUGAAAUGUGAUUCAACUGGGCUAAAAUCAAGGUAUCAACAAGUCUUCUUUUUUUUUUUUUUUUUUUUUUUGUAUAAUCUAGGAGAAAAUCCAUAUUCUUAUCUGUGACAGCUUUAAAGGUUUUCUGGAUACUGCGACUAGUCCAUGGCUUCUUUCUCCAUCUUCAAGGCUGAAACAUAGCAUUUUUCUCAGGUUUUUCCUCUUCUGCCUUCCUCUUCCACUUUACAAGGUUCUAGUGAUUACAUUGGGCCUACAUGCAUAAUCAAGAUGCUGUCUGUUCUCUGUCAGUAAAUUAGCAAAUUUAAUUCUAUCUGAAACUUUGAAUUCCUCCUUGCCAUGUAAAAAAUCAUAUUCAUAGUUUCCAGGAAUUAAAGCAUGGGCAUUUUUAAAUCACAAACAUGUAUAGAAAGAAUAUCAGAAAGACCACUUCUCUACUCACCACAUGCAGAGGAAAGAUUAACACUUAUGAAAUUCAAUGAUACUGAACUUUCAGGAGAUAGUAUUGAACAGUUUUUGAUUUUGAGAUGGGGAAAGAUUUCUUAAACUAAAUGUAAAAUGCAAGUUUUAGAAGACUAAAAAUUUCCCAUACAUUAAGAACUUUCUUUUAAGUUAUCCUAAAAAGUGAAAAGAACAUGAUUGCUGGUAAAAACUAAUUCCAAAAGUUACAGCUAACAAAACAUGAAAAUCUAAAUUAUACAAAAAAUUUCUGCAGAACUGUGAGAAAAAUUAAUUAUGGUAAAAUUAAAAUAGGCAAAAGACUUGAUUAGUCAUAUCACAAAGAGCAUGUCCACAUAGUCAUCAACAAACGAUUAGAUGCCAAGUGUUAUGGUUUGUGUCUGGGAGGCAGCCCACGCCUCAUGCAGUCAUAGAGGCAGCUGAAUCUAGCAUUUGUGUUGGUUCAUUGUCUAGCACUGGGAUUGGUGGCAUGAGUGCAGCACCUGCCCAGGGGCAGAGUUGGCAUACAAUGUAAGGGAAGGAAGGAGGUGUCCUUUUCUCUCUUUUGACUGUUUGCUGUUUGUGGCUGCUAUGAACCAUUGUCCCUCAGCCACACCACCCUUCCUUGGACCAGCUGAGCAUGGACUGAAAACUCAAAGAAACUUAAGAUAAAUCUUUCCUUGCUUCCCUUUGGGCAUCAGAUAUUUUGUCUCAGCAAGAAGAGAAAAGUAACAGUGACACUAAAUCUUAGUAAUAAGAAGAAUACAAUCUAUGUAUGUUAAAUGGUAUUUUUAUAUUCCUUAAGUUAGCAGAAAUUUACAAGUCUGAUAAGAUCAGGUGUUAACAGGAAUAAAGAGCAGCUUGAACUGUUCACAUUGCUGGUUUGAAAAAAAUUAUUUUAACUCCUUUGAUACAAAGUUAAUGUAAAGUUAGAAAAUUGAAAAUGUCUUUAUAAUUGAUCUCAUAAGUUUUACACCUAAAAAUAUAUCUUAGAGAAAGUCUUAUGUCAACUGUUUAGGCUUUCACCACGGCCCAGCACUUGACUUACCACUGUAGGCUCUCCUACAACACAGCCUCUAACAAAACUAGGCUGUCCCGAACCCCAGGGAACAGAAUUGUUUACCUCUACACCAAGGUCGGGAAGGCCCCCAAGUCCAUGUGUGGCAUGUGCC